AUGGUGGUCGAGGUGGUUAGAGUCGGUGGACCUAGGGUUCAGUCGUGGGCGACCGCGGUGGAGGUGAUGGUGAUGCCGGCGGUGGAGUUGGUGGACGAUCAGGGGAAGACGAUCUCGUCCGCAGAGGUUGGAGAGAAGGUGGCCGUGGAAGAAGAUCUCGUCCGUUGGGGAAAGAUUCACGGUGGCGGCAUGCGACAACGUGAGACGGAGGCUGUGAGGCGGCAGAAGUUGGCCGACGAAGAAAGAGUUGAAAUCGAGCAUGUCAGAUUUAAAACACACACAUCUCUAACCCUCGCCUUACCCGCUGCAAAAGAAAUAUUCUUCUCAUCUCAAUUCGAGAUUCACCCUCUCCCGUUGCCUCUCACCGACCUCCGCCGACGCCUCCACCUUCAACCUCGGUCGGCGUCGGCCUUGAAGAGCAGCUUCCUGCCUCUGCCUCCAGCCUCCGCCGGACCACCUCUAGCCUCCGCCGUCGAGACCUUAUGCCCUAUUCUGCUCUCGGUCUCCAUCAACUAA